AAACGAAAUACGCUGAGUAGCGCACGUUAACAAAAAAUGACACCCACCCCGCGCACGUUAGAACAGGCCCGUGCUUCGCACACCGUCUGCGUCUAUGAUCUUUCUCUUUCUCCGCGCAACCUUCCUUAUCCUACGCACCCUUUCUCCUCCCUCAAUCCUUUUAGGGCUAACGCUUCUUCUCUCUCCCAAACCUCUUUUUUCUUUACGCUCUUUCGUAAAAUUAGGGUUUCUUCGUUCACCGCUCUCUUCACUUUAGCGCAUGGAUCGUGCAACCAAACCCAACCACUCGUUCUCCUACUCCACUCUCUUCAACCUUGAGCCUUUGAUGAAUUUUCAACUUCCACACGGGGAUGAUGAUUUUGAUUACUAUGGGAAUAGUAGUCAGGAAGAUGAGAGCAGAGGUAGCCAUGUAGGUGGUGGGGCAAUCGCAAAUCACAGUAAUGGAAAUGUGCGUGCAAAGGAGGUGAAUAUGUUGAGGAAGAGGGCGUGGUCUCAAAACAGUGAUGAUGAGGAAAAUGGUAGUUUUAAUAGGACAUACAUGACAGAGGAGCGAUAUCGAUCAAUGCUCGGAGACCAUGUUCAGAAAUACAAGAGGAGGUGUAAGGAUGUCUUGUCUAAUCCUGGUCAAUAUCGGGUUGCUGCUCCACCGAUCAAAAGUAACAAUGGUUUAAAAGUUCAAAAGUCAGGGAAUGAGUACAGGGGAGCAUCGCAUGCUGCUGAAAGUACAUCAGAAUGGUUAUAUGAUUCCACUAAUCAGAAACCAGGAAAGCACGGUCAAUCAGAUUUUGUGCAGCAACACAGCACGGAUAGGAUUAUGUAUGAACCUGCUUUUUUAGACAUUGGGGAUGGUAUCACAUACAAGAUUCCUCCAAUUUAUGAUAAGUUGGCCUCAACACUGAACCUUCCAAGCUUCUCGGAUAUCCAUGUGGAGGAAUUUUACUUAAAGGGUACCUUGGAUUUGGGCUCCUUGGCUGCAAUGAUGGCUGCUGAUAAAAGGUUUGGGACUGAAAACCGAGCAGGCAUGGGGGAACCCCUAUGCCAAUAUGAAUCUCUUCAGGCAAGAAUAAAGGCCAUGUCAGCUUCGAUCUUGCCUCAUAAAUUCAGUCUGAAAGUGCCUGAUGUUGGCUUGAAUUCAUCCAUUCCGGAGGGUGCCGCUGGAAGCAUAAAGCGAUCUAUUUUAUCUGAGGGUGGUGUAUUGCAAGUUUAUUAUGUUAAGGUUUUGGAAAAAGGUGACACCUAUGAGAUAAUUGAGCGAAGCCUACCGAAGAAGCAAAAGGUAAAGAAAGACCCUGCAUUGAUGGAGAAGGAAGAAAUGGAUAGAAUGGGAAAGAUUUGGAUAAACAUUGUAAGAAGAGACAUACCAAAGCAUCAUAGGAAUUUUACCACUUUUCAUCGAAAGCAGCUCAUUGAUGCCAAGAGGUGCUCAGAGUACUGUCAAAGAGAGGUCAAAAUGAAAGUUAGUAGAUCACUUAAAUGGACUAAGGGUGCUACCAUUCGUACCCGGAAACUAGCUAGAGACAUGUUGCUGUUUUGGAAACGAGUAGAUAAGGAGAUGAUUGAAGUAAGGAAAAGAGAGGAGAAAGAAGCUGCUGAAGCUUUGAGGCGUGAACAGGAGCUUCGAGAAGCUAAGAGGCAACAGCAAAGGCUUAAUUUUCUCAUACAACAAACUGAGCUGUACAGCCACUUUAUGCAGAACAAGUCAAACUUACUAUCUUCAGAAGCUUUACCCAUGGAAGAUGUUAAAACAAAUGAUCAAGAUGCAGUGUUUGACUCUUCAGAUGCUGGGCCUAAUCAGGAGGAAGAUUUUGAAGAGGCUGAAUUGAAGAAGGAAGCUAUGAAGGCUGCUCAAGAAGCAGUGUCUAAGCAGAGAAGGUUGACUGAUGCUUUUGAUACUGAAUGCUUGAGGUUGCGCCAGGUGGAUGAAACUGAUUCACUUUCACAGGAAGUUGCAGGAGCAACUAACAUUGAUUUGCAAACCCCAUCAACUAUGCCUGUGGCAUCCACGGUUCAGACGCCAGAAUUAUUUAAAGGUUGUCUAAAAGAAUAUCAGCUGAAAGGUCUUCAGUGGCUAGUUAAUUGUUAUGAGCAGGGUUUAAAUGGUAUACUUGCUGAUGAGAUGGGACUGGGAAAAACCAUCCAGGCUAUGGUUUUUUUGGCCCAUUUGGCUGAGGAGAAAAACAUAUGGGGGCCUUUUCUGGUUGUUGCACCUGCUUCUGUAUUGAACAAUUGGAAUGAGGAACUUGAGCGCUUCUGCCCUGAACUUAAAAGACUUCCAUAUUGGGGAGGGCUUUCUGAACGAACAGUACUUAGGAAAAGUAUUAACCCAAAAGAUCUUUACCGAAGGGAAGCUAAAUUCCACAUCCUCAUCACAAGCUAUCAGCUAUUAGUUUCUGAUGAGAAGUAUUUUCGCCGUGUAAAAUGGCAGUACAUGGUUUUGGAUGAAGCCCAGGCAAUCAAAAGUUCAAACAGUAUAAGGUGGAAGACCCUCCUCAGCUUUAAUUGUCGGAAUCGCCUACUGCUGACUGGUACACCUGUUCAGAAUAAUAUGGCAGAGUUGUGGGCUCUUCUGCACUUUAUUAUGCCAACUUUAUUUGACAGUCAUGAGCAGUUUAAUGAAUGGUUCUCGAAAGGAAUUGAGAACCAUGCAGAACAUGGGGGUACUUUGAAUGAGCACCAACUUAAUAGAUUGCAUUCAAUUCUGAAACCUUUCAUGCUACGACGUGUUAAAAAAGAUGUAAUUUCUGAGCUGACUAAGAAAACAGAGGUUAUGGUGCAUUGCAAGUUGAGUUCUCGGCAGCAAGCUUUCUAUCAAGCUAUUAAGAACAAGAUAUCUCUUGCUGAGCUGUUUGAUAGUAAUCGUGGGCUCAACGAGAAGAGAAUUAUGAAUUUAAUGAAUAUUGUUAUUCAACUAAGGAAGGUUUGCAACCAUCCUGAGUUGUUUGAAAGGAACGAAGGAAGCACCUACUUCUAUUUUGGAGAGAUUCCAAAUGCACUUCCACCUCCUCCAUUUGGGGAGUUGGAGGAUAUAUACUAUCCUGGUGGUCACAACCCCAUAUCAUAUCAGAUACCAAAACUUGUCUAUCAAGAGAUUAUGCAAAGUUCUGAAACUCUCAGUUUGGGUGUUGGUCAUGGUGUCUGCAGAGAAUCUUUUCAGAAAUGUUUUAAUAUUUUUAGACCAGAAAAUGUUCAUCGAUCUGUCUUCUCAGAUGAUAUUAUUGUUAAAAGUGGAAACUUUGGUUUUACCCAUUUGAUAGAUUUAUCUCCCCAAGAGGUGACAUUUCUGGCCACUGGUUCUUCGAUGGAGCAACUAUUAUUUUCUAUGAUGAGAUGGGAACAUAACUUCCUUGAUGAAGUUUUAGACUUUCUUACAGAGAAUACAAUUGGUGAUCCUGAAUAUAGUUACCUUGAGAAAGGUAAAGUGAGAGCUGUUACGCGAAUGUUAUUGCUGCCAUCAAGGUCUCAGACCAAGUUUCUUCAGAGUAGGUUUGCAACUGGGCCCACCAAUGCUCCUUUCGAGGCCUUGGUUGUCCCACAUCAAGAUAGGCUUUUAUCCUAUGCGAGGCUUCUUCACUCAGCAUACACGUAUAUCCCACCAACUAGAGCUCCCCCAAUUGGUGCUCGCUGCUCAGACAGAAACUUCACAAAUAAAAUGAUUGAAGAAUUACACGAUCCUUGGGUUAAGAGGUUGUUUGUGGGAUUUGCACGUACGUCUGAAUGUAAUGGGCCUAGAAAGCCAGAUUUUCCUCAUCAUUUAAUUCAAGAGAUCGACUCUGAAUUACCUAUUUCACAGCCUGCACUUCAGUUAACACACAGUAUUUUUGGCUCUUCACCACCUAUGCGGAAUUUUGAUCCUGCAAAGUUGCUCACAGACUCUGGGAAGCUUCAAACACUUGAUAUAUUAUUGAAACGCCUACGGGCAGGGAAUCAUCGUGUUCUCUUAUUUGCCCAGAUGACUAAGAUGCUGAAUAUUUUGGAGGACUAUAUGAACUACAGAAAAUAUAAAUAUUUUAGACUUGAUGGGUCAUCCACUAUUCAGGAUCGUAGAGACAUGGUCAGAGACUUCCAGAAUAGGAGUGAUAUUUUUGUGUUCUUACUAAGUACAAGAGCUGGCGGAUUGGGUAUCAACUUGACAGCUGCUGAUACAGUCAUAUUUUACGAGAGUGAUUGGAAUCCAACAUUGGAUCUACAGGCAAUGGAUAGAGCUCAUCGUAUGGGUCAGACGAAAGAUGUUACUGUUUACCGUCUUAUAUGUAAAGAGACAGUUGAAGAGAAGAUUCUUCUAAGAGCAAGUCAGAAAAGUACUGUACAGAACCUUGUCAUGACUGGUGGUUCUGUUGGUGGUGAUCUUUUAGCUCCUGAGGAUGUUGUAUCUUUGCUUCUGGACGAUGUUCAAUUGCAACAGAAAUUAAAGGAAAUCCCUCUCCAGGCAAAGGAGAAGCAAAAGAAAAAACCUAUGAAGGGUAUACGGAUAAAUGAGGAAGGUGAUGCGUCUCUGGAAGAUCUAACAAACACUCUAGCACAGAAAACUGCAGAUAAUGAUAUUUCCAUGGACCCAGAGGGACCGAAGUCUGGUAAUAAAAAGAGAAAAGCAGCUUCCGACAAGCAAACUACGAGGCCAAGGAAUUCUCAGAAGUUGAAAGCAGUAUGCAUAGAUAACGAGUAGCCUGAUGCCCAUCUAAAUUCUGAUCCACUGGGCCAAAAACCAAGACCAAAGAGGGCAGAGAAGAAUGUGAAAAAAAGGGUUUUUGCUGGGACAGCUUCCACAUUCCCAGGGCGGACCCAAUUUCCACCUCUUCAGUUCUGGGGUUCUGAAGCCUUAACAGUUCAACACGCCUUAAGACACAGUGACUUCUCAAAGUAGUAUAAUUUACUAAACGAUUUUUCUAACAUGCGCAAAAGAGCACAUAAUAAAAAAUUAAUAACUAGUUUUUUAAUUUUUUAUUGAAAAUUAUAGGAACGAUGCAUUAAAUUGCACUAAGUUCUAUAAUUUUUAAUAAAAAUUUAUUAUAUAUAGGUUCUUAUUAUGUGCGCUUUUGUACGGGUUCAAAAAAUUGUUUACUAAAUAGUGGGGCACUAGUAAUCUAUCAAACUUGUAAAUUGACUUUUUUGGAGAGAUUGCUAGGUUAGCUCUCACUGAUCAUCAAUUUCUAGUUUUCCUUUUUUUUUUUUCCUUUAUGGAUUCAUUUUGGCUGCAAAUAGUGGGGCGAAACUGUAUAUCCUGGGUUAUAUAAUGAUGGUAGUUAUAUUAUUGGUGAUUAGUCUACCCCUCAUUAUACGGGGAUUUUGGUAAUUGUAUAGAUUGGAUUAUCUUAGAUAGUGCUUUUCGUUUUUGUGCUCUAAGCAAUAUUUUCAACCGAU